ACUUCAGGGGAAGGUCGUUUCUCCUCUCUCAUCCAUAUAUUUCGAACUUCAGGGGAACGUCGUUCUCUCUCUCUCUCUCUCUCUCUCUCUCUCUCUCUUUCUCACCACAUAUUACUAAUUUCUUUCGUCGCAGUCAGAAUUUCGUUAUCAGUUCCUAGCAAAUGGCAUCGCUCCUCUCCACCACCGCACAAAACCACACAGACAUUGCACCGUCCAAUUUCAUACAAGGCCUAUUUGCUGCCCAAGUUGUUCUUCCCUUACCUGAGUUUGUGGGCAACAUGGACUUGUCAUGGAUGGUGGACUUUCUCAAGGGCAUGGUGAAGCCGCUGGCGGCGACGGUGGUGGUGCUCAUGGCGGUGGCCUUGUCGUACAUGCAGAAACUGGGAUUGGGUAGAGAAAUGAUUUACUCCAUUGCUAGGGCCUUCAUUCAGCUCUCGAUUAUCGGGUUUGUUCUUCAGUUCAUCUUCACUCGGGACAAUGCCGUUUGGAUCGUUCUGGCUUACCUUUUCAUGGUGACUGUUGCUGGUUAUACAGCAGGGCAAAGGGCUAAGCAUGUUCCUAGAGGGAAGUAUGUUGCUGGGGCUUCUAUAUUGGCUGGAACUUCAGUCACAAUGUUGCUACUUGUGCUGCUGAGCGUGUUCCCCUUCACUCCAAGAUAUAUUAUCCCUGUUGCGGGAAUGAUGGUCGGAAAUUCAAUGACGGUAACUGGGGUUACGAUGAAAAGACUUCGAGAUGAUAUUCGAAGUCAAAUGAACCUGGUAGAGACAGCGUUGGCUCUCGGUGCAACACCGCGCCAAGCAACAAUGCAGCAGGUGAAGAGAGCUCUGGUGAUUUCUCUGUCUCCAGUUCUGGACAAUGCGAAAACCGUCGGCCUCAUCUCACUUCCUGGCGCAAUGACUGGUCUCAUAAUGGGAGGAGCUUCUCCUUUGGAGGCCAUUCAUCUGCAGAUUGUUGUGAUGAACUUUCUGAUUGGUGCAUCUACAGUUAGCAGCAUUUUUUCAACAUAUCUGUGUUGGCCUGCUUUCUUUACCAAUGCUUAUCAGUUAGAGACCAAGGUUUUCCAUUCAGAAUAGGGAUUUUGAAUUGUUAGAUUGUACAAUGUGUAUCAAUCGGUCACUUUGCUUUUCU